AUGCCUGGGGAUCUUGUCCUACCACGGGCGUCGUCUCCGCCACCAACAGCGUGCGCUAUCUCAACAACCCCGAUCGUUGGCUCGACCAUUAUUCUGCUGGGCGCGUUCGCGUUGCUGGCGGUAAUGGGGAUCUCGGACAGCUCGCGGGUGGCUACAGCCAUCUUCCUGCACCACAUUGUGGUGCUGAGCAUCCUGUUCGUGUCGAGUGUGGUCUACGGCAUCAACCACCCGCACGUUUUUCGCGACAAUAUGCACUCGGAGUACCCGGCGGUGGACUUCGCGGGUUCCAUGCUGGACGGCAACGUGCUGACCGCAAUCUUCUUCGGUUUUGGAGCGUCCAUGCUGGGGAUCACGGGCUUUGAGUCGUCGUCGAAUUACGUGGAGGAACAAGCUCCAGGGGUCUUCCGCAAGACGUUGCGCAACAUGUGGGGUGUUCAACCGCUGGGAAGUUGGUUCGAGUCGUGGAUCUGCGUUGACGCGUUUGUGGUGCUAUGCGGUGCCGUGUUGACUUCGUACGUUGGCAUCUGCGGUCUCGUGCGUCGUCUAUCAACCGACCGCGUGUUGCCGAGCUUUCUGGCCAAGACGAACAAGGCGCGAGGCACGAACCACUACAUCGUCGGCAUCUACUUCCUGCUCUCGUCCAGUCUUGUGCUCAUUUUGAACGCGGACGCCACCACUGUGAACGGAGUCUACACGUACGCAUUCCUGGGUAUGAUGGCACUCUUCUCAUGCGCUUGCAUGCUGCUGAAGGGCAAGCGAUCGGAGAUUCCGGCGGACAUUCACGCGCCUUGGGCUGUGGUGGUGAUCGGCUUAUUGAUGGUUGUGAUCGCCAUUUUUGCGAAUCUUCUGGGUGAUCCGUCCGUCUUGAUGUACUUCGCGCUGUACUUCGUCGUGGUGGCCUUCGUGAUCUUCAUCAUGUUCGAGCGCGUGACGAUUCUUCACUGCGUCCUCGUCAUUUUGAGGAAGUUGGCUCCGUCACGGUAUGGUAAGGCGGCUGCAAUCGGUCUAGCGACGCAUCAACCGUCUCAAGAGGAGCACACGGGUGCUCGUGGCGGCCACACGAUCGCCCGCACCAUUGUCAGCAUCCGCGACGCCCCCAUCGUCUUCUUCUGCAAGGUGCCCGACCUCACGAUUAUCAACAAGGCCAUCAUCUACGUGCGUCGUAACGAGCAGACCCUCACGCUGCGCAUCGUGCACGUGUUCUCGGACGAGGAGGCGGACGCUCCGGUGCUCGCCUCGUUCCGCGAGAUGGCGGCGCUGUUCGACAGCAUGUACCCGAAGAUCCGCGUGGACUUCGUGUCGGUGCGCGGCGAGUUCGGUCCUGCGAUGAUCGAGUGGCUGUCUCGAUCGAUGAAGGUGCCGUUCGGUCCUGCGAUGAUCGAGUGGCUGUCUCGAUCGAUGAAGGUGCCGCGCAACAUGAUGUUCAUCACGCAGCCAGACUUCCUCUCAGCCGAGCGGGUGUCGACUGUGGGCGUUCGGGUCAUCACCGCGUAG